UCACCCUCAGCAAUAGUCGAUCAUCAAAUGGUGCAGAAAAGUGUGCGAGAUGCAUUCCGUGAGGCGUUCAAGCUACCGAGUCGCGGAGUUCCAUCCACUCAGACACUGCAAGCCACCACUCCAACUACAACGCAACCUGCUACCCCAACAACAGGAGUCACUGAGGUUUACUUAUGA